AUGCCCUGCGCGGCCGCGCCGCCGGCGGCCGCGCUGCGGCGGUGCGCGCCCCGUCGCGAGCCCGCGGGCGAGGCGGGCGGCGGCGACCCGCGCGCGGCCCUGGGCGAGGCCUACGAGGAGGACGUGCGGGAGCUCGAGGCCCUGAGCGAGAGCCUCGCCGAGCAGCAGCGCGCGAGGGGCGAGGCGCUGGCCGAGAGGGUCGACAGGCUGCUGGGCCGGCAGCCCCUUCUGGCGGACGCCGGCGCGGCUCCCGCGCUGGGCUCGGCAGAGGCCGAGCCCUCGGGGGCCGGCGCCGCAGUGCCGGCGCCAGCGCCCGAGCUGCAGCGGGUGGUCGUCUGCGGAGUGGGCGGCGGCUCCCCCGGCGCGCGGGCGGGCCAGCAGCUGUUCGCGACCCUGCGGGACGCCAUCUCGGUCACGGCCCCGCGGGAGGCCCCGAGCUGGGUGGACCUCGGCAGUGCGGCCGAGGCGCCGCUGGAGGAGCUGGACCGAGUCUUCGUGUUGGCGAGGACGUGCGUUAUCUGCCCUGACGUUACCGACGACGACCGCCGGACCAUCGCAUCGAUGAGGCAGGGCAUCAAAGCGGUUCUGGGGAGCUUCCCGCAGAACCUCUCCAAGGUUGUGAUGCUGAGCCGCGUGGGGGCCCAGGCGGUCAAGGGGGGGAUCAAUCUGAGGUCGAUGUUCGGCCUCGGCUACGAGGGCACGCUGACGGGCCUGGAGGAUCGGAGGCGCAGGACCCUCGACGUCGUGAUCGUCCGCGUGGGCGCCCCCUCGCGGGGCCUCGGCGCGGCGGUCCGCUGCCUGCCCGGCGACGCGCGGAGCGAGUCGCCGACCUCGAGCGAGACGGCCGCGGAGGCCCUGGUCCAGGCGCUGGUGCAGCGCGUGAGCGGCAGCAUGUGCGUGGUGGAGGAGCCAGGCGCCUGCGAGUUCGCGGCGCUCCCAGAACCGCUGCGGUGGCGCGAGAGGACCCGAUGA